AUGGGGUCUGUGAGCAGUAAAUCUAGUCAGGUGCAGGCAGUUCAUUUUGAGCCUGAAAGGGACAGACCAGAUUUGAGACCAUCUUCUGGCAGCACCAAAAGAGCCCAAUCUAGGAACUCCAAAGUUGAGAACGGUGUAUUUGAAGAUGGGAAUGAUAAAUUACAGGAGGCCCAAAAGAAGAUUUCUGAGCUAGAAAAGCAGUUGGCGGAGACAGAGAGUGAGAACCUUGACCUGCAGGACCGUGUACAGGGACUGGAAUGUCAGCUUGACCAGGCAGCAAAACUACCAACUGUUCAGGAAGUCGAAGAGCCCAGUGAUCUGACAGAGACUCUGAAGGCCAAAGACAUGCUCAUAGCUAAUUCUGAGAAGGAAAAGAAAGCUCUUCAGACAGAGUUAACCAAAAUGAAAAACCGAUACAGAAAGCGAAUCAAGACACUGAUGGGCCAGGUAGCAGAGGCCAAACAGGAACAAUCUAUCCAAAUGUUUGAGUUACGAGAUGAGAUCACUCGGCUACGAGAGGAGAACAGGAAAGUUAGAGAAAAAAGUAGUUCUGCCACCAGCAAAACAUCAGGUGAAAAUGCUGAAGCACCACAGGGUUCAAACAAAAUGAUGAUUGUGUUAGAACUAUCCAAUCAGGUUUCUGAGCAAGCAGAUACCAUCAACAAACUGGAGAGAGAAAACAACGAAAAACAGCUGAUUAUUGAUAAACUUUUAGCAGAAACAAAAAAUGGAAGUAAAGCAAGUUACUUUUCACUUAAUCGUGAAGAUUUGGAAAAAGAUAAAGAAAUAGAGGAAAAAAAUUCUUUACAGAAAUUAUCUUCUGGUUUAGGACAAUAUAAAAAACCUCCUCUAUCAGGAGGGAUUGAUAGAACAAUGAAAAAUGACAUUGAUAUUGAGGGUGAGCGAAAUUGUUCUGGUGCUAGUAGAGACUCUGGACUGGGAUCUGCUGACAAAAAUGGUAGAAUUCCACCAAAGUUAACUCGAGGUUCAUCAAAGCUGUCCACUCUUUCAGACUCUGAUUGGGAGUCAGAUGAACCGUUGUCUGUACAAUCUAAAAUUCACAGUGCUCCAGCUGAUGUUCAAGCCAAGCGGACAGCAUCCAGGUGCAGUACAAUAAGCAACAAAACUACAGAAGAUGAUGGUAUAUUUGUGGACGAUAAUGCCUCCAUAUCAUCGCUGACUAAAAAAUCAAAGAAACUGUCAUACCUUCAACGAAGGUUUCGCUCAGACAUUGGACAUGGAGACACAACUAGAUCACCACUGCCAGCAAUGAAUGCAUUUGAAAAUGAGACCAAUUCAGAAAAUAAACAAUUUUUCCUCACCCAGACUGAUUCCCCCAUCAGCGACUCAGUGCCAAUCUACUGAACAAAAUAUCAAGCUUCGUUCUUCAUCCCUACCCUAUCAGUCUAGCCCUUUGCCUCUCUCCCCUAGGCUCGUCACCUUUGAACAAACCCCUUUUAGCUUAUCCCAUGCUACAUAAUUUUUACUUUGUAGCUAGUUUGAAGAUUUUUCUCUAGACAGUCAUAAUUGUGACUGACAUCAACAAAACAAAAAAAAACAAUAAGUAAAAUACUUGUUUAUAAAGCAAACAGACCAUAAAAAUGUGUUAACAUUAGUGCAUUUAUCGUACUAAAGUGCUUAAAUGUCAGUUACUGUGUUACACUACUGGAUGUCGUCCGACAUGUCCUUACAGAGAGACUGAAAGGCGUAAUGUCACACAUCCAAUAUCAAGGAAGACUGUCAGGGAUGUGUUCAUUUAUCAGUUAUUAAUAUCAGUGUUGCCCAUAUAGUUUGUUUCAGUGUUUUGGAGGUUCUGUAGGUUUCAGCUGUAGGGAUUUUACUGUACACCUUUCUCUAUUGUUUAUUUGUAAAUUACAGAAGCUAACAGUUGACCAUUAGUGACAUCCUUCUUUCAUUCAAAGUGUUCCCAAAAUACUGAAUUAGGCCUAUACGCUUCCUGGAAGGAUGUAAAUUCAAACAACCUCUACUAUUUUUUUUAAUUUUAAUGGUAAGAUUAACAAUCUUGCUGUAAACAUUUUGCCAUAUUUUGAUAAGGAAAAUUGAUGAUAUAUACAUUUGCUAGUAUUUAAGAAGUUCGUUUUGUGAUGUAUUUACAAUGCCACUCCAAAUGUUCAAGCUAGCUAGUGUGAAGUUUGUUAUGAAUCAAUGGU